CCUCCACCGCAUCCGAGGACGCCGCUCCAACAGCGAAGGCCGCCGGCUGCAGACAGCAUGGCCCAUGGCGGGCCCGCGGCUGCUUCCUUCCUUCUCACUCCAUCAUCACCAUGUCCGACACGGCCUCUGUCGCCUCGUCGACGACACGGCGGGCGCGCACCUUCAGCCGCACGCGCGUCACGCGCGUCACCGCCUCGCCGUCGCCCGCCCCGCGCCAGGGGCGCACGAGCGAGCGCGAGGCCGGCGCACCGCGCACCGCCGCCGAGCGCAGUGCCUCGCGCGGCUCCUUCCUCGGCCGCUCGCGCACGCCCGUCGGCGCCACUGGCAGUACCAACGCACGCUGGCGCAGCGGCAGCCCGACGCUGCGCGGCACGAGCGAGAGCGGCGAGCGGCCGCCGCGCAGCAGCAGCAGCGACAGCCGCGCCAGCGAGGCGACAAAGUACGGCAAGGCGCGCCGCUCGCUCAGCCGCGUGCCCGGCCUGCGCCGCGUGCUCGACGGCGACGAGGGCUCCGAGAGCGGCAGGGCGCCCAGCAAGGACGGCGGCGGCAAGGCGCUCGAGGAGGCACGCACCGAGGAGAAGCCGCGCCUGCCCUUCGUCGCGCGCCUGCCGCGCGGCAUCCACACCUUCUUCGGCUACCGCAGAGACUGCGCCAAGCCGCUGCUGCCGGGUGUGUCGCUGCUGCAUCCGACGGUCGAAGCGUGGAUCUGGGCGUGGAUCGGCGCGGCCGUGCCGCUCGGCGCCAUCGCAGCGCUCUUCAGCCAUGCAUACCCCUUCGCAGCCAGCGUGCCGGACCCAACGUCGUGGGCAUCGCCCGUGAUCGUCGGCUCCUUCGGCGCCAGCUCGAUUCUGCUCUUCGGCGCGCCAGCCAGCCCGCUCGGCCAGCCCUGGGCCUUCGCGGGCGGCCAGAUCGUGUCGGCGCUGGCGGGCGUGUGCGUGACGAAGCUCUUCGCGCUGAACAGCCACUACAUCAUCGCGGACCCGGACUCGGACGGCUCGCUCGUGUGGGUGUCGGGCGGCAUCUCGACGGCGACGGCGCUCAUCGCCAUGUUUGCCACAAACACCGUGCACCCGCCCGGCGGCGCCACUGCUCUGCUUGCCGCCACCAGCACACCCAUCGUGCAGCUCGGCUGGCACUACCUGCCCGUCGUGAUGAUCUCGUCGGCCAUCAUGGUGGCGUGGGCGUGCUUCUGGAUGAACCUCGGGCGCGCACGCUACCCGCACAACUGGGUGCCGCCGGAGACGCCCGCGCGCCAGCACAGCGUCUUUGGCGCCCUCGACUCGUGGCGCCGGCACCGGCGCGAGCGGCGCGAGAAGCGGGAACAGGCGGAAAAGGGCAGCCGCACGACGCAAGAUACCCCGUGGACGAACGAGUCUGCACCGGAGAGCGCGCCCGAGAAGCCGCAGCGCGGCACGCAAUAGCCCUGGGUGUAAUGCAUAAUGUCAUGGCAAGAGUGG